CUAUAUCCCCACCACUUCUCGCGCAUCAACGUGCAUCAGCUACCGCAGCUCGGGCGUGAAGCGUUUGAUGCGGAGUUGAUGCAUCAACAGAAAAGGCGCCUUUUUUAUUCAAGUGUGCACAAUGGCAUUGGUCGAAGUCCCAGUCAUUGAUGAAAAUAAUGAAGUUUUUACUCUUAUACUGGAUCAAGAAACUGCUGCAAAGGCAAAUCAAGAUCCACAGUUUUUGCAAGAUAUCUUUAUUAAAUGGAAAGAAAAUAAAUGUAAUACUGAGGGACUUAAUAAUGGAAAUAAAGAUGUAUUGUGUGUGCCUGAAAUUAACACCACUGAAGAACCUGAUGAAUCCAAUUCAAAAUCUUUUGUGUGGCCUGACGCUGCAGUACUUUUGCUUGUUGAAUUAUAUAGAGAAAGAGAGCAAGAAUUUAAUACCGGCAUGAAAAGACACAAUAUCAUUUGGGGAGAGAUUGCUGCCCAAAUAAAAGAAACUGACAAAAAGUAUAUAGUUACUGGUCUUCAAUGCUCAACAAAAUUUGCUGGCCUCAAACGGACAUAUAAAAAUAUAUAUGAGCAGAAUAAAAAAAGUGGUAACUCCCACAGUAGUUGGGCUUUUUAUUCAGUAAUGGAUUCAUUACUUGGUGAAAAGGCAUAUAUACAACCUCCAGCUGAAGCGUCCAGCGAAGGUCCAUCACAACCGAUACUAUCUACAUCAGGAUCUUUAUCUCCAGCGAGUUUCUCAGAGGAUUUACGAAGUGCGCCUAAAAAAAGACGAGUUGAGAAUAUUCUAGAAAAUUAUAUUGAUAAUAUAAAGCAAGAAAGGGAGACUACAAAAAAAGAGCGAGAUGAAGAAAGAAAGAAAAAAGAAGAAAUUAGAGAAGCAAAAUAUGAAGAAAAGAAGAGAGAGCGUGAAAAAAUGCAUCAAGAUAACAUGGAGGUACAGAAAUCACUACUUGCCGUCCUGCAGAAUUUUGCAAAUAAAAAAAAUACGCAAACCAACCUGGGCGAGGCUGGAUUAAGAUGCGCGAAAAAUGUGCCUGAUAGAGUCAUAUUUAAAUGCACAGGGUAUUACUUAUUAAUUCUCGCCCACUAAAUAGAUAGCGUUAUUUCUUAUCAAAAAUAAGUUGAAAAGUCCUGAAUAAUUUUAAAUAAAAUAAUAAUUUGAAUAAUUUUUAAUAAUUUUAUAAACCCGGCGCUGUUUGAUCGUACUUUACUCAAUAAUUACUAGUUCAUUAAGUGUAAAAAUUCUUUAGGACUUUUCAACUUAUUUUUGGUAAGGAAUAACGCUAUGUACUUAGUGGACGAGAAUUGUACGCUUUUGAGAAGACUGAAAUAAAAAGUUAUUAAAUUCGUUA